AUGUCGAUUUUCGUUCACUCAGACACCACCGGCUUCAAGGUCAUCAUUGGUGGUGUCUUUGCCGCCUACUUUUCUAACUUGAAUCCACCUUGCCCCUUGCUUACCAACUUCAGAACCUACCUCGUCUCCAUCCCAAUUGAUGUUGUUUACCAUCCCCUUUCUAGCUCGCCGAAAGAACGUCGAUUUUCCGAUUGUCCAAACACUAUCAACUUCAAGACCAACACUGUUGACAUCUCCGCCGCCUCCCUCUCCAACUUUGUAAUCCACAUCGUAGUCGUCCCUAUGUUGUAUUGUCCCCUCCAGCUCCCUCAAAGAAUGUUAAUCGCUCCAUUUGUCCAAACGCAAGUAGAUACUUGUCCGUCACAUCUCUGCGUUUCAAAGGUUUAA